AUGGGAGUUCACCUGCAAUCGGCGUCCCAAGAAAUUCGAAGGUUGAAUAACAACUGCAUCGCCGGGCCAUUCAUUCGUGGGAUCGUUCUUUGCUCCUGCGGAUCUACGGGGAGAGUCACUUCGAGCGUCAAUCGUUUGAAGAAGCUCGUUGAAAUGGAUAUCUUCGAUUUCGUUUUAUCCUUUGCUGGCGUGUACACCGUGGAUUCGCUUGUUGUCCCAGCGCUCGGUCGCUUCGUCGAAAACGUAUACAUAUAUGAUAUGGACCCAUGGACGGCAUUAGUCCAAUCGUUCGGCGAGGAUAAGCAUGCCCUGAACAGCACCCCAGUCAUGUUGUCGUUUGCGCAAUUUCGGACUCUUCCCAACAAUACCCAACAACGUGUCGUUGAUACCCGCGUAUUGGCGUACUCCAACUUCCCAGAUGCCAGGCCAUGGGGCCUCGACAUGUAUAGAUGUUCCAACAAAUGUUGUGGUGCCCUUGCUCAUGACAUGACCUUUUAUCCCGAUGGAAAGCAGUGGUAUGGGAAGAGGUGGCUAGAUACCGAGAUGAAGACCACGUGCAUGAAGUGCAAGCAAACGCAGAGGAAACUAUCCGCUCCCUCAUGGGUCUAUGCAUGCCCUGGUGAAAAUCUCGGCCGUGUCUGGUACCGAUGGCCCCUUAGCCUCGCCCAGCGCAUGGACAUUGGGAUCACUGAAUGA